AUGGAAAAUGCCGCAGCCAAAGAAGCUGAGUUAUCUCUAGAAGAAGGCGACGUAGAUGGGAACGCUAUUUCAUGUAUCACAGUCGUUACUGAUGGCGCUUGGGCUAAACGCUCUUACAAUGUAAAUUAUGAUUAUGUGUCUGGUGUGGCAUGUAUAAUAGGUUAUAGAACGGGUAAUGUUUUAUUUCUUGGUAUAAGAAAUAAAUAUUGCUCAUUAUGUUCUUAUUAUGGAAAUAAAGGUCAAGAUAUCCCUAUUCACAAAUGUUAUAAGAAUUGGCAAGGAAUAUCAACAUCUAUGGAGACAGAUAUCAUAGCAGAAGGUUCCAACAUAGAGUUGCGUAAAUUAAAAUAUACCAAAAUGGUCGGAGACGGCGAUUCCUCUGUACAUACACAGAAAAUUAAUCCAAAAAAAACCUUACGGAAGCACAUUGGUCCAAAAAGUUCAAUGGAGAAAUCAUUUAUUGCGGAAUUCUGCUAA